AUGGGGUCGCUGCCAACAUCGCUGUCGCAACUUGUGCUUGAUGAUCUACCGACGCCGACCUCAAGAGCGGACGACGAUUACGAUCCCAACAGCCUUGCAUACGACCUGAUCAGGUUCACGCCCGCGCCGACUGUGAUCCUAGAUGCGUUGCUCUAUGUGCGCCAUGUCUCCGAUUCUUAUGUGACUACCUCAAACGCAAGAGAUCGCGUUGAUCUUGUAGGCCGACAUGCCGAUCACAUUUUCGACGUCUCCUCCACUAUUCCUGCUUUUGCUCCAGCCCAUGCGCUAGUAAGCGCUGCAUGUCGAACUGGCAACCUCCAGCAAUCGAGAGCUGUAACAGAUACGGGUCUCGCCUGGCACCUGAGAGCAGUCCCAAUUCUGCGCCACGGGAUAUUGCGCUGCAUACAGAUGGAAUUCUUCGACAUCACCGAAGAACAUCAGCGACAGCUUGAGUUCAGGGAACGCUCUUAUCAGAAUGAAACAUUCCAAUUGCUGGUAGCAACCAUCAAGGAUUAUGCGAUCUUUAUGCUUGACCCGACAGGGCAUGUGGCCACGUGGAAUGCAGGAGCUCAGGGUUUUAAGGGGUACACUCCAGCCGAGAUCAUCGGCAAGCACUUCUCGGCCUUUUAUUCCCAAGAAGACCGCGAGAAUGAUAAGCCAUCUAGGGAAUUACGAGAUGCCCUCCGCGACGGAAGAUGUGAAGACGAAGGCUGGCGUUUUCGCAAGGAUGGAUCCAGGUUCUGGGCGAAUGUUGUCAUCACGCCGGUGUAUAAGGACGACAUCCUCCUCGGCUUCUCUAAGAUCACUAGAGAUUUGACGGAAAGACGGAAAGCCGAGAAGAGUCUUAUCGCCGCCUAUGAGGAAGCAUCGAAACUCAAAUCGGAGUUCUUAGCCAACAUGAGCCACGAGAUCCGCACGCCUAUGCACGGCAUGCUGUCCGCUUUAACGCUACUACUGGACACCAAGCUGGACAACAACCAACAAGAGCUAGCAAAUAUCAUCAAAGAGUCUGGGGACGUGCUUCUUCAGCUAAUUGACGACUUUCUCGAUUUUAGCAAGCUCGCUUCGGGUAGCUUUUCUAUCAGUAACGAUAUUAUAAGCGUAAAGGAUAUCAUUCAAUCUGUCUUUCGGGCACAUCAGACGUGCCAGAGACCCGAAGUCAAGCUCGAGAUCGAAAUGGACAACAAGCUACCUAGUUCCGCUGAAGGAGACUCUCUACGUUAUCGACAAGUUGUACAGAAUCUCCUAUCUAAUGCGACAAAGUUCACGGAGCAAGGCUAUGAAGACCAAGAAUACUUCACGAUUCUGACUGAAGUGAUAGACUCAGGCAUUGGAGUGCCAGCAAGUGGCUCACAGACCCUAUUUACGCCUUUCACUCAGAUCGACAACUCCACGACAAAGAGAUACAAGGGUACAGGAUUGGGCUUGAGUAUCUGCAAGUCGCUGGCUGAGCGCAUGGGUGGAAGCAUUGGCUUUCACCCCAAUCCAGAAGGUUCAGGUAGUGUUUUCUGGUUUACCGCCAAGCUCAAAAGAUGCAAGCAGCUCAAAGCUUUGGAGGUUCUACAAGAGGGUCUGGCUGGAUUGAGCAUCCCAUCUCCCGUGGUGGCCGACCCGAUGGAAACUCUCAAAAUCGUCGCUCCUGACAAACGUUUGCUACUUGCGGAAGACAACAUCAUUAAUCGAAAGGUCAUGACACGCAUGCUUGCUGGCAUGGGGUUCAACAAUGUGGACACGGCACCGGAUGGUAAGGAAGCGGUAUCCAAGGCCUCAAUCAACAAAUAUGACCUGAUUCUCAUGGACGUCAACAUGCCUGUUCAAGAUGGGCUCAGCGCUACCAAAGAGAUUCGAGCAAAUGGACUCCACGUUCCGAUCGUGGCUAUGACAGCAAAUGCUCUCAAAGGCCAGGCGGAGUCGUACAUUGCAAAAGGGAUGACGGGGUACAUCGCCAAACCUGUAGACAGAAGUUUGCUUGUCAAACUCUUGCUUGGAUGUCUACAGCAAAAUUCCACCAGCUGA